AUGGUGCAGUACAAGAGCCUUCAGUAUUCAGUGCUGGCCAACGCCGCGUCCCACAUCCACUUUAUCGACGACUCUUCGCAAAUGCAAGAGCUCGCCCUGACAUACUACUCACAUGCUCUCCGAGGCUUGUCUGAGCUUCUGCCAAAAACCUCGCAACUUGAGAACCACAACGGUGUCUUGAUGUCGGUGAUGCUACUAUAUCUUCACGGGUGCAUGGGCCGAGGCACUUACACAGACAUCCCACGACAUGUAAACGCUGCCAUACGCAUCCUCACGCUCCGACUCCUCAGACGUCCGCAAAGCAUCAGCCGACCAUUCGACCGAUUGGCUGUAGAGAGCGUACUGUACCAGAUAUUCCUCGUUACCACGGGUUCGUGGUCCGACCCGAUUGAGCUCGACUACAGUUUCGAUGUCGACUUCUGGUUGCAAGCCGAGAAACUACUGGCGAAUUCGACGUUAUUCCCUGAUCGCUCCAUGAGCUUCAACAGUCCAGUGCUCGGGAUUCCUUUCACCCUGUUCAGGCUCACAUUGGAGACAAAGCACCUGUAUCAAACCCCGUCGCCCCCGGAUCCACGCAUCCGGGCGCGCUUCAUGAGUAAAUUGGAAAACUGGGAAGGAAUAGUGCUGAGCGACCAGGACCUAGACUGCUUGGGACCCAACGAAAAGCCGAACUGCGCUUACCAGAUAUAUAAGGAUGCCGCAUAUUUGUACAUUCUGAACACCUCCAUGUUGGUCCAACAGUUGUGCGGGGCCGAAUCGAUCAGGGGUCCGCCUCGAGCGCAUCCGAGUGAAAGUUGGCAGGUCAAUAAAGCCAGUCAAAUUCUGCGAGACCACCAAAAUGACGAGGCGUGGGCCAGAUGCUUUAUCGGCAAUUGGCCUGUCUAUACACUGGGCUUCUUCAUGAGUACGCCCGAGGACAUCGCUCUCGUUCGGAACGAUCUACAGAGGAGAUGGGACCUGAUGAAGUUCAGUCAGGUCUUCCGCUUCCGCCGUGACCUGGAAGUGACAUGGGCAAAACGAGGAUAUCCGACAUGA